AUGACUGAAAAAGACAAGAAUUUUAAAGAGAAAAAACAAAGUAAAGGAAAGUCUGUUAAAAGGAAAGUUUUGAACUGCAGCGAAAAUAGUGAGGAUGAAGACUAUCUAAAAAACAAAAAGACAAAGCUCGCAAAAGAAAGGAAAAGACCUAAAGUUAGUUCAAAGAAAUGUAUCAACAGCAGUAAAGAUAGUGAGGAUGAUAUUCCUAUCGCUCAGUUGUGCAAUGAUGAUGAAGAAUAUGAUGUGGAGAAUCGUGAUAUUUGCGCAGUGUGUCAACAAUUUGGUCGUGGUAGAAGAAUUGGAUACAUAAAAAAUGUAGCGGAAAAUAGUCUCCCGAAAAUUUCUUAG